UCUCUGAGUUUCCAUGACGACGACGUCGGAAGGGAACCGCUCAGGGUCCAGGGGGGGCGCAUGCGCGGUGCGCGCGGAACGCGGAGAGUCUUCCCGAGCCGCCGGCGCUGCUUUCGCGGGUCUCUGAGCCGCGGGCGGCCGGCUCCCUCCACUUGGCCAUGGCCCCGCCGUCGCUGUGCAGACCCCCGAGGCCGUGGCUGCCGCUGCUGCUGCUGCUGCUGCUGAACGUGACGCUGCUGGGAGCCCCGGCCCGCGCUGAGCCCGCCACCGGGAGCUCCAUCCCUGCGCAGAGCCGCCCGUGCGUGGACUGUCACGCGUUCGAGUUUAUGCAGCGCGCCCUGCAGGAUCUGAGGAAGACGGCGUACAGCCUGGACACGCGGACGGAGGCCCUCCUGCUGCAGGCCGAGCGCCGCGCCCUGUGUGCCUGCUGGCCCGCCGGCCGCUGAGGACCCCUGCCCGCCGGCACUGUCCCUGUCAAUAAAGACCCAGCUCAGCA